GAUAACGUUGUCCGUAUGCAAAGCCUCCUCUUAAAUGGCAGAGACAUACUUAUUACUGAUUUUGAUCCUACGAUCACUUAUAAUGGAAUGUGCUCUGAAGUGAGGGAUAUGUGCAGUUUACAGCAGGAUCAACCUAUUACUCUGAAAUGGAUUGAUAAUGAAGGGGACCCAUGCACAGUUUCAUCCCAUAUGGAACUGGAGGAAGCAUUCCGUCUGUAUAACCAGAAUGGAGAAUCAGGCCUCAAUUUACAUGUUUUCCCGAGCAUUCCAGAAAAGCCAGGAAUGCCCUGCCCUGGAGAGAAUAAAUCAAUUUAUAGACGUGGCGCUAGAAGAUGGCGGAAGCUUUACCGUGUGAAUGGACAUCUCUUUCAGGCCAAACGUUUUAACAGGAAGGCUUACUGUGGACACUGCAGUGAAAGGAUAUGGAGUCUAGGCAGGCAGGGCUACAAGUGUAUCAACUGCAAGUUGUUGGUCCAUAAGCGCUGUCACAAACUUGUUCCUGUGACGUGCCAAAGGCAUAUGGAUCCAGUCAUGCCUUCCCCUGAACCAUCACUUGAUGACAAGACUGAUGAAGUUGACAUCCCUUCAGAAGAACCUGAUGGAAUUGUACCAUUUCUGCCACAUAGUCGGACUAAAUUAGACAGGGUCACAGAUGACUCAGAGGAUAUCAAGCCAGUGGUUGAUGGUGUCGAUGGAAUCAAGAUUUCUUCAGUGCUGGGUUUGCAAGACUUUGACCUUAUACGAGUCAUUGGACGUGGCAGCUAUGCUAAAGUUCUCCUUGUGCGCUUGAAGAAAAAUGACUGUAUAUAUGCAAUGAAGGUGGUAAAGAAGGAACUGGUCCAUGAUGAUGAGGAUAUCGAUUGGGUGCAGACAGAAAAGCAUGUGUUUGAGCAGGCCUCCAGUAAUCCAUUUCUGGUUGGUCUUCACUCAUGUUUCCAAACAGAAAGCAGGUUGUUUCUGGUUAUAGAAUAUGUCAAUGGAGGUGACCUUAUGUUUCAUAUGCAACGGCAAAGAAAGCUUCCUGAAGAACAUGCCAGGUUUUAUGCUGCUGAAAUUUGCAUUGCCCUCAACUUCCUUCAUGACAGAGGAAUCAUUUACAGAGAUUUGAAACUGGACAACGUUCUUUUAGAUUCUGAUGGUCACAUCAAAUUAACAGAUUAUGGAAUGUGCAAGGAAGGACUUGGCCCUGGUGACACUACGAGCACUUUCUGUGGCACACCCAAUUAUAUAGCACCUGAAAUAUUGAGAGGAGAGGAGUAUGGUUUCAGUGUAGACUGGUGGGCACUUGGCGUAUUGAUGUUUGAAAUGAUGGCUGGAAGAUCACCAUUUGACAUCAUCACUGAUAACCCAGACAUGAACACAGAGGAUUACCUGUUUCAAGUUAUUUUGGAGAAGCCUAUUCGAAUCCCUAGAUCACUUUCAGUAAAAGCAGCCAGUGUCCUAAAAGGAUUUUUAAAUAAGGACCCUAAAGAACGACUUGGGUGUAAUUCACAGACAGGAUUUGCUGACAUCCAGGCUCACACCUUUUUCCGUAGCAUUGACUGGGAACUGUUGGAAAAGAAGCAGGUGACUCCUCCAUUUAAACCACAGAUCACAGAUGACUACGGCCUGGAAAACUUCGACACUCAGUUUACAAGUGAACCUGUGCAGCUUACACCAGAUGAUGAAGAUGUAAUAAAAAGAAUUGACCAAUCGGAAUUUGAGGGCUUUGAAUAUAUUAAUCCUUUACUGAUGUCAUCGGAGGAAACGGUAUGAACGAGCUACAUUUGAAAAGUGGGACUGUUCCACCUUGUUUGUCAAAGGUUGACUUCAGUGAGCUGUGGACUCAACUUCAACUCUCCAGUUGAUGACUUUUUCCUAAUUUACCUGCAUGCAAGGUUAUUGGAUCUGGUGCAAGUUUUCCAAGAGUACUGCAAACCAUGGUGACUGCUGCUGAGCAAUGAAAGUUAUUUCGGUGGCAAACUUCCACAAAUAGCCACAGUUCCUCCUUAUUUCCUGGACAUUGAUUCGACUGGCAUCUUGUUAGUAAAGGGACGGCUACCUGAUCUGUGCCUGCUUCCAUGAAGGAAUAUUUUCUUUUCAUUCCCUCAAAACAAGGAAUUGUAUGAUGGCUUCUGUGAAGGAACUUGGAGACACUGCAAUUUUCUCUCUCUCUCUCUCUCUCUUUAUAAGUAGACAUUCGGAAGUUUGACCUCAAGAAAGAAUGUACUAUACUGUAUUAGGAACAGUAGUAUGGGUAACUACACCUUAAACUGUCAUUGCCUUUGGACAACUGGCUAAUGUGAUUUAUAAACCACUGACUCUAACCUAUACAGAAGCAAUAAUGAACAAAAAAAAGUGUUUAUUGGAUAAUAAUAUACACUUGGAUUAAUCUGAUGUAACAUUGUGCAGUGGAGAUCUAAUCCAGAAAUAUUUUUAUUAGUUGCUGAAUCACAAUUUCUCCUUAAUUGCUGCUAUAUUAUAUAAUGCCAUGGAACAUCUGGACUUCAAUCAAAAUUCACUUUUUAUCUUAUUGAAUAUGCAAUAGUGUGACACAGCUGUACCUGAUUUGUAUUCAUGAUCAUUCAUAGUUUUUUUUAGAGCUGCAUUGUAGAUUACAACUAAAACUAUACUCGAACAUGUUUUUUUAGCUGUUUUUUAGACUUAGCCAAACAUUAGUUGGAACUGUUUUCCAUUUAGUUCUGUGAUUGAGAGAAUGGAAUUUGUCACUUGUAAAGAAAUACAGAACAUAGUAGCUCAUGUCUUUAUAUUGAAAAAAGUAAAUUAAGCAUGAUAAAAGGGGAUGUGUUAGAAAUGGUUACCCUGCUUUAUUCUGUAUUUUAAAAGCUUCAAGUAGUGUAGACCAUCCUUUAAACCUUGAAUUUAUGUCGCAACUAAUGCCAAAUUAGUGGGCACUUGGAAGGUUGAUCUGAACCCCUAAUUUCUAGAUUUCUGGCUGCCAACAAAAAAAAAAGCAAUUUUAAUUUUAUAGACAAUGUCUUGUCCUAUGAAGUGACACAUUAAUUUUAUUCCAGCAUCACAAACUAAAUUUAUUUCAACAUCAGCUUUUUUUCUACAUUGCCAUCAAAAUCUACAUUUAGUAGACUUAUGUACAGUUCACUUUUAUAUUGAAAAAUAGCCUGUAAUGCAGAAAUUAGGGUAUUCCCAUGUAUGGAUUCCAAAGAUUUGUUUUGAGACAGUAAAGUGCCUAAAUAAGUUUUCUGAACGGGUCAGAUUUGUACUCUUAAAGAUUAGUUAUCACCAGAAUCCAGGAUAAUGAUCUACAGAGAUAUAGGAAAGAAUAAAAUAUUAGGACUGUUGGUAGUGGAAUUGCGACAACAAUGUACAUACUUUACUUGUUAAGUUAUUUUUGAUGUGAUUCAAUCAGCUUCUAAAAAGAGAGGGUGGUAGCCCUGCAUCAUAUGUGCAUUAUUUUAUGGCAUUGCAUUCUCCAUUUUUCUGCCCAAGCCUUAAGAAUAAAAUAAGCUAUUGUUUUAAUUGGUAAAUAGCUGGUUAGUUUGAGUAUUCUGGAUUAUAAAAGCAUCUAAUUUUUACUAUGUGGAAAUUAUGAAUUUAAUUUGUUUUAUUGUGGGUUGAAGCUUGCUGCCUCAACUACUCAAUGCUGGGUGUAAUAAUCUCAUAGAAGUUGUUGAUAUUUGUCUGUUAAUUGCAUAUAUUUUCUCUCUCCCUCAUUUGCUCAAGUUUUAUUUUUACAUUCCACUGACAAACUAUUGCACAAUUAAAGGAAAUAUUCCCAAGGCUGGAAAAUCCUAUACCAAAAUCAUAAAAUAUUGUGCAAUAUGCAGCAGAUCCAUGAAUAACAGAAACAAGACAAUACUCUAGGUGAAUGGUUUACAUCCAAAAUUCCAACCUUCAUUUCUAGAUUUGCAUUUCUGUUCUUAACAAAUCUGCAAAUUUCUACUUUAAAAAAAGUGAACAGAAGCCUUGUUUUAAGCCUGCUUGAAUGCACUUUGCUCAAACCCUAAACCUAGACUUCUGGAAUUGGAUCAAAUUACUGCAUAUGCUUUCACCCACUCCUUUAUUUACAUCAAAUGAUCCAUGGCAUUAUAUAUAAUAGCUGGCACUGCACAGAUCUUAGCCAGUCAGAUCUCCAGCAUUACCUAAUAUUAAGCCAGCUUCCAAUUUUGAUUGUCUAUAUAAAGAUUGAAGUGUAAAGCAGUGGUUUCUUUCUGUUGCCAAAUUCACUACCAUUUGCAAGUUCAUUCUUCUCCAUUUUUGCUAUGUAAGUGUGUGUGUGUGUGUGUCAUUGAGACUGAUUAUAUUGUGCUGAGGGGAAAAAAUUAUAUUUUAAGUAUUCCAUUUUUUAAAAUUUGAAUAUUAUGAAGUAUGUGAUCAAAAUAUGUGCUAAUAUCUUUCCAUGGUCAGGCUAAAUGGAUAUAUAAUCUCCAAAGGCAAUAUCAAUAAAAGAGUGAAAUUGUUCAGUUUUCAAGUAGAGCAAAUACUGAAAAGAAUGUUUGAUCCUUACUUCUCUUUUUAAUGACUAAAAAUACAAAUAACAAACAAGCACAGAGUCAAGGCUACUUGGACUUCAAAUUCCAUUGAGUUUUUUUUGUUAAAAUAGAAAAUACUGGAAAUGCACAAAGUCAAGUCAGCAUUUGAAAGAGAGGCAGAUUACUAUUUCAGGUAGAACCCCUUAGUUUGUGAAAUAAUUACCUUUUCUGGCAAAGAUCAUCAACCAUAAGGUCAUCUCCAAUAUGAAACUGGGGAUAGACUAUCAGCAAAAUGGUUAAACAUUGUACCAAGUAUCUGAUUGGCUGACAUAUUUAUAGAAACCUAUAUCACUUCAAGUCUCCCAUUAAUUCUGCCAAAUUGUGAUUUGUAUUCUCAAAUAAAUUUUCUUCCCCCAACCAUGUCUUUUCAUCCCAUCCAGCUGAGAACAAUCGCAACUGGUCAAUUUACUCCAACAAACACAUACAAAUCUGUUGUUACUUCAGUAAAAUAAUGCUAACAUUGACAUUGCCAAGAAUAAAGCAUCACUGGGUUCAUUUCAUGAAAUAUGUGCACUUUAUAUUUUACCAUCUAAGAAAAUCAAAUCCAAAUGCUGCACUCGGGCAUUUCCCCCAUCCUGAAAUUCAAACAUUUGUGAGAGAGGACAAUGGUAUUAAAAGAUCUGCAACAAAAUGUCCAGUGACAGAAGCUAGGUGUGAUUGUAUAAUAAUAUAUUUAAUGUGUAAUCCAGUUCAGCUAUAGAACAGUUGAACUGUUACUGUUUAUUAGAGGAAUUAAAACUUCAGUAAAAUGUAUUUCAUAGCCAUUUAUUUAAAAGUAAAAAUCUAAGCACAAAAGGUUGCCCUCUUUAGCCCAUUCUUUCUGCCUCUUUGCUGGCUCCAUUCCAAAAUUAUCUGCAUCGCAUUAAUUAAUGUAUAUAUUUAAUAUACAUGAUUGUGUUUUUUAAAAAUUAUACCUUUUUCCCCCUCAAUCACCCACAAUUUAUUUGAUCAUUAGAUGCUGCUUUUUUCCCAAUGCCCCCAUUUGCUUAUAUGCCUGUAUUUUUUUCUAAAUAUUACUCUUAAAAGCUCAUCUGAACUAUUUUACUGCUAUUAUGAUCUAUUUUGCUGUCCUUAAAUUGUUUCAUAUACCACUUAAAUCUGUACGUGUCCAUUUACUAGUGAUCAAUCAUCAUAACAAAUAGGCAAAAUAUUUGGGGAGACGGUUUGAAAUGAAGGAGAAUUGUUGCAAAAAAAUUAAUAACCUGCAACUUGGUUUGUCCCAAACCACCUGUUUACAUUUCAUUUUGGAGAAUUCCUAAUUUGUAACCUGUGUACAGAAUAUUUUGUAUGGUGAAUUGCAAUGAGAGAUUCUGCCUGCGGAAGAAUAAAUCAGUUUAGUCUGACCUAUUAACAAUCUAAUACAAUUCUGGUGCAAAUGUACAGUGGUCUAACUUUGAUUAGUCCUUAAUGAAAAAUUAGAGCUAAUUUAAUGAUUGUAAAAUAGUGAGAUGUUCAUUGUAGUUAUUUUGUACAUGGCAGUUGAUUUAUGGGUGUGAAUUGUACUGUUCUUGCCUAUUCUCAUAAAAAAAAGCCAAUUUUAAAAAAUUGUGUUCCACUCGAGGCGAAUUUUUACUGUAUAGGACUUGUUCAAAUCAGUCUACAACACCAGUUAAGAUAUAGGACUAGCCUUGCACAUUUGAAUUAAACACUUGAUUGAAAGUAUAAUAAUUUAUUCAAUACAGUAUUUAGUUUGCGCUUUGUGUAUGGUAUAUUGCCAGGUUCUUUAAAUAUUAUUUAAAUGGUCUCAGUAUUUUGAUAUUCAUAGAUACUGCAACUUCAGGAAGAGUCAGAGGAGAUGGAAUUAGCUGAAACUUUGCAAGGAGC